AUGGAGCGUGUCAACAUCGGCCUAGAGCUCCAAUUUGCAUGGUUUGCCGCCACUCCUGCCCCUCCACCGUCCAUCGGCUACGAUGCUUAUACUCGGUCUAUCCAGACCAUGCCAUUACCUUAUCCCUCAACUACAUCGACCACGCUUUCAUCAUCUACCUUUCUCGUCACUACUGUGGGCAACGUUCCAGGACAGAAGGCUCCUGACUUCUCAAUCUUCCACCAGAGCGACUUGCCUGACUUAGCUGAUCUUUCACCUAACAGUUUAGCGACCACCUCUCGUUCCGUUGCUUCUACUUUUGCUGAUGGGGCAGGGACCAGAGUUUGGCCUCCGGUCAAGUCUUCCGGACCGACACUUCGAUCUACCAGCGCGGGGACCCAUAGAUUCAGACAGGCGCAAAUAUUAGCCAGCACCGGCCUUCUUGAUGUCGUCCUUGAUUGUUCAGGUGCCCUCACAACUCGUUUUACGCAUCUCGCUAAAGCAACACUCGACUGCUUGGCCGAUUUCCUGCUGGGCCCAAGCGCCACUUUAAGCAAGAUCAAUCGGCAUGCCACGCGACUCUCGCAUACUUUGCGCUCCCAACUGGUUAGUUUUGCCAUAUAA